AUGUUGUUUGCUCGUUAUCCUUUUGAUUUGCGGGUGGAAGCAACCCGACCCCAAACACAAAAAAUAAUAAAAGACAGCAGAGUGCAGGCAGUGCUGCAUGCAGCAGCAGCAGCAGCAGCAGCAGCAGCAGCAGGAGGAGCAGCAGGAGCAGCAGGAGCGGGAGCAGGAGGAGCAGGAGGAGAUGCAGCAGCAGCAGCAGCAGCAGCAGAUACAGAUGUUGCAGCUGCUGAAGAAAUUGCAGAAGGAGAUAUAAAUGUAAUGCAUGCAGCAGCAGCAGCAGCAGCAGCAACAGCAGCAGCAGCAGCAACAGUGCAUGCAAAAGAAGAAAAAAAAUACACAAAAGAUAAACAAAUGCUGCGGCAGUAG